AUGGAGGUGGCCGAGAGCCGAGAGCAAAGCUCCGUGGGUCCCGCUGGGACAGAGCCCACCAGGACCAAUGGCGAGCGCAAUCCCUUUUUGGAUGACCCCCUCAUGGACGAUGGUCGAUCGAGCAGCUUGAGUGAGAUUGAUGAUGUCUCAGACAAUGAACCAUCCGACUUCGAAGACUCGGUCAAGAAUGAGCGGCAAUUGGAAAACGACUCAGAAGCCGAGACCGAGCGCAUCGAGGAUUCACCUCACAACGUUCGCAAACGGGACAUUGUCGUAAGCGCCGGAAGUGCUGGCCCAAGUCCGAGUAAACUUCACCAGUCUACGACAUUGGACGACGUCGAUGAUGAGAUGGCGGAUGACUCCCCGAGCAAACCACGCCGAGCCUCCAAUCACAAUUCCCUCGAAGAUGAAAACCCACUUGAUGAGGUGGAGAUCCUUGAUAGCAUUGGGCAGAAGCGCAAGCGCUUUGUGGCCGGUGAGGACACCGGAACGGAUGUCGGCGACGACGAGCCUUCGAAGAAACGCCGGGGUUCUAUUAAGAGUGACCUGAGCGAUCCGAUGGACGAUGAUGCGCUUCUCUCCCCCGAGCCCGUAGAGGACGCUGCCAUGCUCAAUGAGGAUGGGCAACUGGUCGACGAUGCUCCCGAGGAGUCAGAACUGCCUGCCGUGCCGGCUAAAAGCAAGAAGGCCAAGAAGGGCAAGCGCAGAGGAAGAAGAGCUCCAGAUGUAGAAGAAGAGAACGAAGCGGGCGGCGCCGAGGUCGCGACAGAGGAUGUCGCUGAUGAACAUCUUGGAGAAGACGAAGAGACUGCGGAACGGGGCGAUGAGCCCCAAGACGCCGAGAUUACGGCGAAAACGGAAGAAGAGUCUGCGAAAAGAAUGUCGGCUAUGGAGUCUCUGGCAACCCUGGAAAAAGAGUUUGCAACUUUACGAGACAAGAUUUACGACGAAAGGAUAGCGAAGCUCGACCGUGAAAUGGAAAUGCUUACUGGGCCAAACCCAACGCAUCCCGAGUAUCUGCGUCAAAUCGAAUGCGUGGCACGCAAUCGCGACAAGAAGAUCAGAUACGAGGAGACCUUGUUCCACUAUCGCAAGCAGGCUUUGUUAAACAAGAGCCUAGCGGAGCGCGCCCAAGCCCACAGCACCUUUUUCCAGCGCAUCAGAGACGCGCGCGAGAGACACUCGAGCGCGAUCAGCAAACAGUUCUAUGCGAUCCAGCAUGACCGAUUUAAGACGGAUGAGCUGAGCCCGCAUCACAUCAUCCCGUUCCCCACCCGUCGCUCGCAACAGAUCUCGCAUCAGACUUCCUACAACCUCGAAGUCUCCAUCAUGGCUGGUGUCGCCAAAUAUGUAGGCUUUCCAGCUGCGCCGCCGUUGGUGGGAGCUCGCCCGUCCGAACUGGAUGAUGAUUUGGAAAAGAUGGGAAUUGCUGUCGAGACCCGGAAAUCAGUUCCCCAGGCCUCAUCCGCGCUGCCACCUCGUGGGGCCAUGUCUUCAAUGUCAUCCAACAUGUUCCGCACAGAUGCCGAAGAAGCUUUUCUCGAACAAACGCCCUGGGCCAAUCCGCAGCACCCCAUUCAUCAACAACAGCCACAACAUCAGUACUCUCAACAGCAUCGGCCGCAAGCGCGAGCUCACGAGUCGCAACAGGCGCCAUUCACAACCCCCGCUGCUCAAAAACGAGUGGUGGAUGUGAAUGCGCCAAACGGGUCUGCGUCGACAAUACCGGAGAACAUGUCAGCUGCCAACUCUUCGGCAAAUAAUACACCGUAUGGGACUGAGCAGGAGCCUCGCUCACAUCAUCAAGGACCUUUUCGGAAUCCCGAGUUUGAUGUUGAGCACAAACCGGCAUUUAGAUCUCAAAGUUCUUCACCACUGGAUGUUCGAAAACCUAUUCCCAACCCUAGCCGUAACGUUGAACGCCGGUCGCCAAAUCAUGAUGCUCCUCCUCGAACUUCAAUGUUUUCACCACCACCACCGCCUGUCCGUCAAGGGCUGUUUCAAUCCUCUGCAGCGCUAAAAGCGGACCCCUCGUCAGCGCAUCCAUCCAAGCCAGUUGACGCGGUCCACUAUCGCCCGACGCCGUCUGAGCUGCCCACUGGGGUUGGUUCAGGGCACUUGCCAGCCCGGUGA